GAUAAAAACACAUUGCAUCAAAAGUGGGUGCUUUUGUACGAACUACCACUACAAUCAAAUCAAAAUGGCAGAAGAAACCCACAACGACCACUGCGACCACCGCCACCGACACCACCAACCCCCCAGAUUUUUCCAGAUGAUGAUGAACAGGUCCCGUGAACGCUACACAGACCAAGACGAUUGCAGACCAUCAUGUUUCGGAGCUGAAUGCCCAUCCGGCGUCAAUUUGCCACCAAUUUUUAACCAUCAUGAAGGUCCGCACGGGCCACACCAUAGGCGCCACGGACCGUGCAGGUUCAGUAGAUUUGAUGAACACCAUGGUCACGGUUGGCACCACUGGCACCACGGACGUUUUGGCCACCACGACCAUUCUGGCCCGUUUGAAAACCAUCAGCACUUUGGCUUUGGACACCACCAUCAUUGGCACCAUGGUCCAUUUGAACAUGGGCAUGGGCGUCACGGGCACCAGUGUCGCCACCAAAGGGAGAACCCAACACCUUGUCAUUGAUACGUGAUAACUGAAGAAGUUGUUUUAUUAAAUGAGAAUUAAUUAGCACGUAAUAUGUUUUCAGUUGUGUUAAUAUGGUGUAAUUAUUGUAAUGGUGUAAUUUUGUAUGUUAAAUAAAAAUAGAAUGUUUGCAAUA